AUGAAAGACAGAGAGGCUGGGACACCAAAGACUAGUUCUGAGAACAAUCUGACAGACCUUCUGGGUGUCCGGUGUGCCAGUUGUAAUGUCCCACUGCCAAGGCCACCAAGGAGAAGGAAUAGCUGAUCCCACUUCCACAACAUGGAUAUGACUGGAGAGGGCUGAAACAGGAAUCCCUCCAAUGGUCACUCCACCCAUCAGACUCCCACUGCUCACUGUGACUUCUCUGACUGUCCAAAGGAUCAAAAACAUCCCCAAGGUGCCUCGCUUGCUUGGUCUCCAGCUGAAGGGCAGCAAGUGUCCGGCAUGUAGUGGUCAAAACCUGGUACUUUCACACUACUUAAUGGUAAAUAAUGCAAGCGACUUCAAUGACAAAUUUCUCUGAACAAGGGGGGAAAAAAACAUCACCAGAUUCACAGGGAAUACAUUACAUAGUAUGGAGAAGCAAUACGCCAAGCCACAGCUUCAUGUUAUUUGUCAAACAUAGAGAACUGACACUGUAUACUGGUUGUUGGGGUGGGACUGGCAUUGGGUGUGGGGGGGGUCCGUUGGUGUUUUUUUCCCAUUUGAUUUAUUCCUCAUGUCUUCCUCAUUGGUAGGAAGAAGUUUGGUCCAAAUCGGAUGUUGGGUACUAUAUUUAUUGAAUAUUAUCUGAAUCCUAUAAAUUAAAAUGGCCAAUUUGGGUGCAAUCAAUUAGCUUCAAAUUACAUUUCAACAAAAUAAUGUUUCAGGAAUUCUAAUAAUAUCUGUUACUAACUACAGAAAGGAUUUCAGAACAAUCUGAGAUGGUGGGUGUCAAUCCUAUUUCUUCUGCUUUGUGAGGUGGAACGACCCUUUUGCAAUCUAGACUAAUCAUAAAACACACUGAUGGCAGAGAGCUGCGGAUUCUUAACUGGACCUAUUCAAUCUUAUAGACUCCAAGGAUAGGAGGGAGCAGACUAGGUCUUUCCCUGAGCUGCCAGCCAUUGCAGUGUCAGCCUCACCUGCCCUGCCGGCCAUCCCAGUGCCUACCCCAACUGUCAUCUCAGUGCCUGUCCGUCUGGUGUCUGCCCCACCUGCCUCCCCAGUGCCAGCCCGGACUGCCAACGUCAGACCACAGAGGCGUGUGUCGGAGAGAAUCCAGCGCUUACAGAUCCGGUCUGCUAUACUACCAGAGCUACUGGACGACAGAUGGUCAUAUUACCCUCUGAGCCCCAGUCCUUCAGAAGCGCUGAGAGAGUGUUCCUAUGUGGCCCACCUUCAGUUUGCCACCCAGCUAACGUAGGCAGAAAUGACAGCUGUCACCCCCUGCCCAUACCUACGUCCAGCUUUACAGGUAGCACAGACCACUCCGCUGUACUGACCAGUGGGAGAGCUGUGCAGGUGGGUGAGAGGUGCCCCUUUCACACCCUCCUGACCCCCUUGGACCCACUAUCUGAGUGAGAAUGAGAGAAUAACUGACGAGGGCGCAGGAAGAAGAAGAAUCCCAUUAACUUGGUUUUCUUUGAGUCUGGGACUUUCUUCCCACUGUGUGUGUCUCUCCCUCUCUGCCCUCCAUCGUGGAAGUGGAUGAGGAGGAUGAAGAUAUACUGCACUACUGGAAGUCCUUGGAGACCACAGUCAAGAUAGACUUCAGCCAUGACAAUAUCAUCCUGGGCAAGCCAUUCUCCCGCUUUGUGUUGAAGACACACGCCCCUAUCCACGUUCACAGAAUUAUGCCUCCCCACCCCUCUACGAGAGAAAGCACACCUAACGCCCCCUUCUUCACCCCUCCCACUACCCCAUGGUUCUUCACCCCUCCCAUUACCCCCUGGUUCUUCACCCCUCCCACUACCCCCUGGUUCUUCACCCCUCCCUCUACACCCCUGGUUUCCUGUGGGGGUUCUCUUCCUGGAGAG